CAGCAGCUUCAGGUGCACAGGACGCUAUAUGUCUUUCCACGUCCGUUGGAGACAAUAGCCUGUACUCAGGAGGUUAGUGAAGCAGAAAGCCAUGGAAGGUGAGGCCACUCUUUGUCACUUGGAGAGAAGGAAGCCAGCCCUGCCUAGGUAGGCUCUCCCCCGCAGCAAAGUCACUCAUUAAACAAAUGGCUGCGGCACACAUGUGAACUCCCGGGGAUCCGCAGGGAAGCAGGACAAUGUUGCGCUGCUGGGUCGGAUAAACAGUUGUAUGGGCCGAGUGGAACCAGGACUGUCACCUGUAAAUCAAGAGGUCAGCUACGGGCCAUGUUAGUCUUUCAUGUACUUAUAUAAAAUGAACCAUUAAGCAUGGAUUCUGGAGACUUCGACCUGCAGGAGGAUUACAAGUCACCUUUUAAUUUUGACUCUGGAGUUAACACAAAUUAUCUGUAUUUGUCUCCCCGGCCAAAUGCCACUCCUCCAGAUUCCCCUACGCUACUGAGAGCAGAUUUGCUGAAACCAGAGUCCAUUCCGGAAGGAGAAGAUGUAGCGGCACCAGAACUAGAAACAUUAUCAGAGGAGGAACAAGAGAAACUUAAAAAAGAGCUUGAAAAGGUAGAAGAGGAAAUACAGACCCUAAGCCAAGUGCUGGCGGCAAAGGAGAAGCACCAUGCAGAUAUCAAACGGAAACUGGGAGUCACAGCCCUGUCUGAACUGAAACAGAACAUUUCUAAAGGGCUGCACGAUGUUGCCUCCACUACUGUAUACAAGAGGACAUCAGAAACCCUGUCCCACGCUGGGCAGAAGGCCUCUGCUGCCUUUUCAUCAGUUGGCUCUGUCAUAACAAAAAAGCUAGAGGAUGUAAAUAUACGUUCUAUACAGCAUUCAAUUAGCAUGCCUGCCAUGAGGAACUCGCCCACCUACAAAUCUUUUGAAGAGAGAGUUGAGAAUCUAAAGUCAAAAGUUGGUGGAAACAGACAAUCCACGGGAGAUUUUGAAGAAGUCUUAAACUCCGCAGCCAAUGCCAGUGCCACAGAGCCCCUGACAGAGAAGGAUCUGGAGACCCAAUAAAAGCUGAAGCCAAAAUGCUGCAAGAAAACCAUAAAACACAUUUCUGGCAUCUGAGUUUUCCAACAGAUCUUUCCCAAUUACCUGUUUCAUCUUCUAUGUGGAUGUUCAGCCUUUCCCCCCCCCCAUUUGGUUUCAGUACAACGUCCAGGAUGCUCAACAUCUGAGCAUGCUGGGAGUGGUAGUUCGUUAACAGCUGGAGGGUUGUUGGUUUAACGACUCUUCAUUUCUUUUAGUGGUUAACCCGCUCAGCGCUAAAAGAGUUAAAGGUCAUAUGUUGUCAUACUUUUUAUUGUUCGAAAAGGGACUUUUAUGCUUCCUCUACGUUAUUUCUUGUAACUGCCAAGAGUUUUCUUACACUGGAGACGCAAUUUACUCUGUGGACACUAAUGAAAGCAAAUAAAUUUGUGCGCUAAAUCUCAUCUCACAUUUUUCAUAGCUUACAGUUCUUCAGCUGGUUGCUGUUAGCUUGAACAGACACGUGCGCUGCUCUUGAGAACACGUUUUCACCCCAAGGGUAAUAGGUGGAGCAUUUGCCUUCCAUGUGAUUUAUAGCUCAUGGGAAUGUGGCAAAAUGUUUCAGCAAAGUUGCUCUGACCCUUGGGUGCAUAUUUAACUAACUUUGCAAGGGUAUUUUCAGACAUUUUGCUGUCUACCCACGAGCUAAAGACCACAAGGGCAGCAAAAUGCUCCGUCUGACACUAAGUAUCCAUGUUUGUGCCAAUAUCAGUCUUGUGUGUACAGUAACUGCUGGUUGCAAUUAUAUUCAAUGGCAGGGUGCCAUUAUUGUGCAUUUUCCCACAGUAGUGAAAACACAGUGUGACGGUGCAUAUUUUUGACCUUACUGUUGGACCAUCUGAGCAUCUGUUGCACCUUGCAUUGUCAGCAGACAAUCCUGCAUUCCUAUUGGAUAGCUUUUUUGGGUUAAACUAAAAAUUUUCCCCUUAUGAAGCAACUUCUAGGCAUGUCAAUGGCACAUAGAGAGGUGUAGUACUGAGAAGAGCCAAUGUUUUAUGUCACUUCCACUCUGAUGUGGCCCAGUAUAAUGGAACGGUGCCAUUUUCCAUCUGCAUAUAUGGACAGAUUAAACAAUAUCCAUUUGUGUUGCCUAUAGGCUGUCAAGUAGGGUAACUGACAUGUCAGCUUGUCCAUGGCUGCAUUAAAGCAAGUUACAUGUCCCACUAUCCAUUUUUUUUCUCCUUCUUUUCACCUUGUCCCAUGAUCCCUGUUGAACAUUACCCUGGUGUCUAUUUUAAACAAACAGUAUACGUUUAAUUCUCAUACAGAGGACGGCUGUCCAUAAGGAGCUGGUCACAGGUCCCUACUGCCCACUGACUCUAUAGACAUUUUUGUAUUCACACAUCAUUUUAAAGGGGUUGUUUAUCUUUGUUAACUUUUAGUGUGUUAUAGAACAAUUAUUUCUAGCAAUUUUGCAAUUAUCCUUCAUUAUUUUUUUUUUUUUUUAUAGUUUUACAUUAUUUGUCUUCCACUUCUAUAUCUUUUCAGCUUUUAAAUGGGGGUCACUGACCCCGGCAGCCAGAAAACUAUUGCUCUGUGAGCUUACAAUUCUUUUUAAUACUUCUCUUUCUAUUCGGUCCCUCUUUUAUUCAUAUUACAGUCUCUCAUUUAAACCACUGCCUGGUUGCUGAGGUAAACAAGAUUCUAAAAACCAGAUAGCUGCUGAAAUUCCUUACUGGGUUGCUUCUAAUCAAAAAGUCAAAUAACUGAAAAACCACAAAAAAAAAUAAAAAAAUUAAACCAAUCGCAGUUUGUCUUAGAAUUAGUCUAUAUCAUACUAAUAGUUAAUUCAAAGGUAAACAACCCCUUUAAGAGAUCCCAGCCCCCAACUAUGUUGUCUAUUGGUCAGCCAGCUCACUGCUGAAAAUAAAAAUGAUGGCAGUUCCGAAGUAUAUGCAUUUCCUAUAUCCUAUAAAUAAAUCUGUAUAUUUACUGACUAUCCACAAACAUCGUUUUCUAAGUGAAUAAGCAGAUGUAAAAAGGCUUAUCUCCCAGUCUAAUCUGCUUAUGCUCCUGGUGAAUGGCAAUAUGGGAAAAGAAGAAAAUAGGUCAAUGCCAAGAGAUUAAUUUAAUGGCUUUUCAUUGUUUGGUGUCAAAAAUGAAAUGUUCCUAGUCUCAGCCUGUUCUGCAGGGAAACAUACGGGCUGGAUGUGUAUUGAGCCGAAGUCUCAUUGUAAAAUCAGCAAUGGGGGCGUUGGUGGAUUAUAACUGGAGUUCAUGGAACUAGCUUUAAUCCAGUGUAGCCAGUACUAUGGCCACAUGUUGGCAUCUCAAUUCAUUUUAGAGUUUCUGUGGCGCAACAUAGCUCAGUAGCACUGCCCACAUAGUGGGCCAAGGAAAUGGAUAUUAAAAGGGACAUGCACCCAUUCACUUAAUCUAAUGUCAAACUGCUUAAAAUACUCAUCUAGCCACUUCUUUUCAGUUUCAUAUUAGCAGUUCUAACAGGAGUGCCUGCUGCUAUUCUCUCUGAGUAUAUAGAGAAUUUAAAAGGACAGUAUACCCCCCCUUUUCAACAGUGGGCAAUGAAUAGGGCUUGAGAUGAACAUUUUUGUUUGCCUAUUCUUUGAAUAAAAACAAGCAGAGCAAUAUUUGUAAAUAAAAACCAAAGCCAAAUUCUACUUCCUGGUUCCAAAGAGCAAAGUGAACAAAUCAGCAGCCACCAAGAAGCCUCUAUACAAUGAGCUGCUCAUUAUCUAAAGAGAUAAUAGGCUGUAGCUGGGGGAAGAUAUGGGGUUUAUUUAUACAAAGGAUUCUCGGUGGCUGCUGGUUUGUUUGACUUUGCUUUUUUGGGAACAGGAAGUAAAAUGUGGAUUUUCAUUUCCUGUCCAUUUAUAUUUUCCAUAUACUGGGAAAGAAAAGCAGUUGGAACUCCUGUUAGGAAAUGCUAAUAUUCCAAAACUGAAAAGAAAAAUAUAAUAGAAACUGCCAGAGUGGGCAGAUUAGUUUUCUGAGCAAUUCUACAGUUAAGUGAAUGGGGGCAUGUCCCUUUUAAUAUUCAUUUCCUUGGCCCACUGUGUAAGCAGUGCUACUCAGUUAUGUAGCCCGGAAGAAGUCCAGAGGGUCCACCCCUUAGGGUCAGGAUGUAGAAUGUGGCUUUAAUUCCAAAUAAUUGUACUGAUGCAGGAAGAGUCUCAGGAUGCUUCUCUGCUCAGUUCUAAAUAACUGCUACUGUUAUGGUAUCUAAUAAUGUAAUGCUCAGAAUAGCACUGUACAGUCGGACAUGGUUAUAUGCUGGGUAUGUGUCCAUUAUGAAUGCAGGAUGGCCAUGCGCAUGAAUGGACAUGUUUCAUCUGGAGAAGCAAAGACUUUCUCACACUCUGUAGCUUUGUGAUUCCUUUCUCCAGAAUCAGAACCUGGGGGGCAAAUUGUUUCACCAAGUGCUUCAAAUUUUGUCUUUAAGUAUUACCCACUGGGCAAAUGAUUAUUACAACUAAAACAUCAAAUUAAGUAUAAAAAUCAGGCUCCUGCACAGCAGCCAUUUUUUGGUUCCUGCCUGGUCUUUUGCCUGUUGCUAAUAAUUCUAAUGACAAAGUAUUUUGUGCUUUGCAGCUGGAUAUGUCGUAUCACUCUCUGUCUCUGCAUUUGUACAGUAUACACCAUGUUUGACUAUGAUUUUGUAUUGGAGCCGGGUCUUAAGGAAAGGGUUUGUAAGAAAAUAUACUUGUUUUGCCUUUAUUUCACUGAGCUUGGUUUCUCGCUCUAUGUUAAACUGCUUCCUUUUGAGGGUAUUUUUCUUAUUGUGCCAUUUUGCAUGUGAUCUCUGAAUAAAAUCCUGUAGUUCAAA